GCAGGCCGCGUCCAGGGCGGAAUCGACGCAUGCCAAGGCGACUCGGGCGGUCCUUUGCUGUUGCCCAUCGGCACCCCUCCCUCCGUGUUCACCACCUCGCCCGCCGCAGCGGAGAUAGCACCCGGUGGCUCCGACACAGACUGGCUGUUGGGGGUUGUGUCCUGGGGCCGGGGCUGCGGCCAACAGGGCACUCCAGGGGUGUACACGGACUUAACCAAGUACCGCUCUUGGAUUGAUCGCCAGAUG